UAUGUAAAUCUUCCAUUUGAUUUUUCUUAUAAAGCCCAAACAAAAGCCACCCAUAUAAUUCUUAAUGAAGCAGGCACCUCUUGUCAACAGGUUGUUUCUACUCGGCCUCGAGAAGUUUGGAAAAGGCGACUGGAGGAGCAUAUCGAGAAACUUCGUCGUGUCGAGGACACCCACACAGGUCGCAAGCCACGCACAAAAAUACUUCAUUCGCCUCAAUUCGAUCAAUCGAGAUCGGCGUCGGUCGAGCAUCCACGACAUCACCAAUGUGAAUAAUGGAGAUGUACAAACUUCUUCCCAGGGGCCUAUAACUGGUCAGGGUAUUGUGAAUUGUGCACCACCUGUAGGAUCCUUCAUUAAUCCGCCUCCAUUACAGCCCAAUGUAGCUGCCAUGGGAAUAUAUGGAGCGCCUGUGGGGCAUCCAGUUCCAGGCCACAUUGUUUCUGCUGUUGGAACUCCAGUUAUGCUUCCUCCUGGCCAUGCUCCUUAU